AUGGCUACACCGACAUCGAUCCCUAUACAGACCGCAACACCUACAGCUACACCGACUAACGAUCAAACUGAAACACUGGAGGAAACCUCUGCUGGUAACACCCUCUUCAUAGAACUGGAUAACCUAAUAGAUGGACUGAUAAAGUUCAUGAAGCCGAAGAAUAAUAUCCAUCAUUCCAUUAAGAACCAAGCAUGGGCCAUAAAGGCGACGUACAACAAAGUUAGAAAGGAAAUGACGUUAAAUGGGACAUUACAAGCCUCCGAAACAAAAGAGCUGUCAACACAAACAACUCCCAAAACGGAGCAUAUGAAAGAUUUAAAGAGAAGCAGGGAGUCCGGAGAUAUAUCGUCAAAAACCCCAAUACCCAAGAAGUCUAAAAUAACAAACCAAACACAAAAGAAAUCUGAAGUGAUGGAGACUAUUGUCAAUGGAAAACCCAAAACCAAUGAUGAUAUAAAUUCAUGGAGAACGGUGCCACGUAAGAAAAUAGUAAAAAAAAGAAAGGAGAAAGAAGCAAUGAUUAUUUCAGCGAAAGGAAAGGCUACGUAUGCGGAUAUAUUGAAACAUAUAAAAUCGGACCCUAACUUAAAAGAUCUUGGAGAAUACGUGUCCCGAAUAAGAAGGACACUUAAAGGUGACCUCCUACUGGAAAUUAAUCCAGCCAAUAAACAAAGUGUUGAUCAAUUCCAAGCAAAGGUGGAAAAAUCGGUUGGGCAGCAGGCUAAUAUUAGAACCAGUAGACAGAUGACCGUAAUUGAAUGCAAGGAUAUUGACGAAAUUACUACAAAGUCUGAUAUAUGUGAAGCUUUCAAUAAUCACCUAGGGAUUUCAAUAAAGGAGUCGGAUAUAACGAGUCUUAGAAAGAGUUAUAGUGGCACCCAGACUGCAAGCGUUAGGCUUCCAGUAGAAAUGGGACGUAAAGCCAUCGAAAUAGGCAAAGUCAAAAUAGGAUGGGUGAUAUGCCGAAUAAGGGAAAAACGGCUCCUUACGAAAUGUUUUAGAUGCUUGUAA